CCCGUAAAUAGUGAGGUUACAGCACAUAUACAACCGUAUACCUUCAAAAUACGGAUAGUCGAAUUGAUCGAGUUGAGUGAUUUGAAUUAUUUUUUUUUUAGAAAAGAUUCAAAUGUUUAACGGAUCAUGGUCAAUGUGUAAUUGAUUAUUUGAUAAGUCGUAAAUGUUUUCGAUGUCGACUAGAACGAUGUUUUGCUAUGGGAAUGAGAAGAGAUUUACUUUUAAAUCAAGAACAAAUACAACAAAGAAAAGAUUCUGGAAGAAAUCGAAAUAUUUCAUCAAAAUGCUCAUCAACAAUAGAAUUGACAAAUUCAUCACCUACAUCAAAUUCCAAACCUAAUUCCGAAUCUGUUUUACUAACAUUUGAUGAAAUUGAUCGUCUAUUCAUGGAUAUGAAUCAAAAUAAUGAUAAUAUUAUUGUUCGUCAGAGCAUUGAUUCAAAUCAAAUAGAAGAAAACAUACUGUUAGAAUCAUUAACUGUUGAAGAUUUAGAAGCUAUUAACAAUAUUCAAUCAUCAUUUUUAUCUAUCGUCAAUGAAUGUGAAGAAUUUACUAAUUUUGAUGAUCCAUUCGAUCGUAGUUCUGAAUUAAUCUGUUGUUUACAAUUUAACAAUGAAAUUGCUCUUCGUAUUAUUAAAUUUUGUCGUCUAAUUGAGAAAUUCGAAAAACUAAAUGCUGAUGAUCGUUUUAUUAUGAUUAAAUAUAAUCUUAUUCUUCUCUUUUGUGUCUCAACAUGUUACAUAGCUGAACAGAUAAAUGAUUGUUCUUCGAAUAGAGAGCAUGAAGAAGCAGAAGAAAAACGUCAAAUGUAUAUGUUAUGUAAUCAAUCAGAUUAUAUAUAUGAAAUGGUUGUAAAUUUGAGUGCUACUUUCAAUGAUAUUAUUGAAAAGGAUGACGUAUUAUUAUCUCUUCUUCUUGUUGUUUUCCUAUUUUCUAAAGGUUUAUCAAUGAAUGAAAAUGAACCAUCAUUUAAAGAUUCAUUAGCUGUAUAUCGAGUUCAAUCUUAUUAUACAAAAUUAUU